AGUUUUUGGUGGGUUUAGUUUGGCGGCAGAGGAUGUCUGGUGUGAAUCAACCUCCGGUGUUCUUUUAACCGAGACUAAUAAUAAGUCCCCUAAUUUAACCUACUAGACAAAUUUAGGCAGUUUCUUAGCCGGAGACUGACCGCGAAAGACAAGUGCCGGCUUCAUUUUGUUAGGUUUUGAGGCUCGGAAAUUCUUACUUGUUCGAGAACUUUCGGCCUAUUCUAAUUCUCUGCCUGAUGGAGAGCGGCAGGUCAAGGCUUUAUUCUGUAUUGAUUUAAUUCGGUUUUCUUCAAGUUAAUCUUCCCUGUGGUGGAUACUACCAAGGAUAUACUAAAACUCAGCAGUCUUUAUUAAUUGAUAUUUGCUUUUUCAUUUGGGCACUUUUCUUUGUUGCUAUAUUAAAUUUUAAGAAAAAUCAGAAUCUUUGAUUCCACCGAACCUUAUUAUCUUGAAUACCUUGUAUUGGUAAUACGAUUCCUAUCCAUAUCAGCUUUUUAAACGUUUUUAUUAGUCGUGAUUCUUUCCUUAAUCUUAUAUUCGAGGAAAUUCAGUAUGUUUGCUCCCCUAUUUUUGCUCAGUCGCACGGUUCAUGCAUUCUUGAAUUGCAAUACAGCACUAGAAGUAGAAGAUUCGUUUAUUUCAAUUUCUUCCUUAUCUGAGAUUGUGCAAUAUGCUCUAAACAUUAUUUGACUGCUUAUAGAUAAACGAUGAAGUUGCUGCUUACUCUUCUCAUCACUCUCGAAGUGGUUUCAUCUCUCCAAUUAUUUAGUCCACGUAGUGAAACCAGGAACCUCCUGAACAAAGCACACGCGGACUUCUAUGAAAAGAUACCAGAACAAAACAGAUUCCAAGUAGAGCGAUGUAACAGAGACGACACUACACCUAACGAUGCCAAAGAAGUCCCGGAGGAGAACAACUUCCUGGAUAUGGCUAACUUCCUGGAGUAUGUCCAGAUGACAUCUAUCAACGAAAAAACCCGUGAGGAUGCCAUCAAGUUCUUCAACGUCUCCACGGCGGCGUUUCAGUUCGGCAGCUAUCUUGUUGCGCAGGAAGGUUUCGGACGCGCUGCCAGUGCGCUGGAAAACUUCCAUACCCGAAGAAGAAGGAGUGUUGGAUAUAAUGAUUUGGAUACCCAGCCCGCCGGUGAUACUAUUGAUAUCUGGGAUCCUGCUGAUUUGUUCCUGGAAUUUAGGAGGACUAUGGGAAGUCAAAACUUCAACCAGCUGCUUCAUCUAAAAAGAAAGGUGACGAUGGCUUUCGUUAUUGACUCUUCAAGCAGUAUGGCCAACGAUUUAGGGCACGUGAAAAGGUACAUCAGACAACUGCUGGUGGAACAGACCCGGUCCGAAGUUGAUGCCACGUAUAUUGUCACCACUUUCUCUGAUCCUAACAUUGGACAAACUCGGGUUUUCAACACUAAGGACGGACUUAUGACUCACCUUGACAGUCUGGAAGCUAAGAUUGGUGGUGACUGUGAGGAAAAGACGUGUCUGGGCAUGCUCCGAGCAAUGUAUAACCCUAACUUUAUUAGAAAAGGUAACGCAGCGAUGUACAUUUUCACCGAUGCAGGAAGCAAGGACUGUAAACGACUCUCCUACAACAUCAUCCGAUCCUUCCAAUUCUGUAAAGCAUCUGCCUUCUUCAUACUCUUCGACAGCUGCAGGACCAACAUUGACCCUCACUACGCCAAGAUCGCCCAACAAACGGGUGGGUUCUGCCUUCUGGUCAGAGAUAACGCUGUGUAUAACAUAACGGACACGGUACAUGGAGCCUUCGAGAGCAGCUCACUGGUAGUGGGAGAAGAUUCGUAUGAGACCAACUCUAAGAUAGGUCAGGGUUUCGGUCCAUAUGUCACUCAAAGCAGAAGGUCAAGCGUGCACAAACGUGACACAGAAGACAACAUUGUCAACGGUCACUCCUCAAAAAAGAACAUCCAGAUUGAUGAGCUGAUCGAGAACUUCAAGGUAUCCGUCGCUAUAUCGCCCAAAGAACUCGCCGAGCAAGUAGAGCUUCUGAGACCUCUGAACGGAGAUCCAACCCUAUGUGCUGACUCCAACUACGAGCAGACCAAGUCGGUAGCUGAUAAUGGUGUGAUAUUCAAUGUUAAAUCCACGAAGUGUCCUUGUGUUGGCAAUUGGACUCUGGCCUAUCCAACUGAUGCCACUGAGUUCUCAUAUUCAGUCGCUAGUAUGGGCAAAUACACUCUAUCCUUUGAUGCUUACUUCGUUGAUGACGUGGCUGGAUCUCAAAACGCCAACUAUGUCCCAUGUCUCCAAGUUGAAGAGUACCUCGUAAUAAAGCUCAACCAAGGAUCACAAGUUGUGCCGGAAACAUUGGUUGCCAAGAUAGUGGGACUGUCGGGAAACUACAUCCACAUGACCACACGUCUACAAGCCUCACGUGGCUCGAGUAACACCUACACAGUAAGACUCCACCUGCCUGCCAACAUGGGAACUGACGGUUUCAGGGUCCUUCUGGAGGGUGACAUCCUCAGGGGCUCCAAGUUCCAGCGUCUUUCCACGGCUAUCUUCUACCCCACUUCCUCCUGCUUCCGUAUCACUCAGGUCAGAAACUACUACGCUCUUUUCCCAAAAACCAAAACCAGCCUCACUUUCGAGCUAAGCAACAACAGUCCAGUCGACGAUGUCUUCACUUUGGUGUGCUCCAAUUCGGAGAACUACGAGAUUGAAGUAGGUGACCCCAAACUGAAACACCCCUCCUUGAAACGUUCCAAGAUGGUGAGGAGCAACCCAGUCCUACUUCCCGCAGGCUACUCUGCCUCAUACUCUGUUACCGUCAACGCGCCUAAAUUCCUCAUGAAGGGCCGCACUGUGAUCGUUAACUGUCUGGCUUCAUCCUCCACGGAGCAAAUGAUGGAGUUUGUCAGGCUCACUGAGAUGAACGACAAAUUUUACGACUGAUGAGGCAAAGCCGAGAUGAAGAUCUUUUAUUGCCAGUGCAAGAUAUUUUUAGGCUGAUAGAGAUUCGAGAUGAAAGGAAGUGUGUCUGUCAGAGCCUGGUCCGGGGUCCGUGGCCGGAAAGAUGUGUAUGACUGUGCGGCUAUCCUAACUUCCUAGGUGCUGAUGAUUGGACUAAUUGACUCUACCGGGGACUCAAUGACCGGCCCAUAAUGUAUAUUAUUUACGAUUAAGAUUGUAGCAAUCUAAUAAUAAUCCGCGAUCAUAAUAUUGAUUGAUUUUUCUGAGCAACUUAUUUUGGUCGAAUUUGAUGUAUUUUUUUGACUAAUUUUAUAAACGAGUUGAAUUUUCGGUUACGCUAACACCAUCAAUUCUUCUUCAAUAAAACGUUUUUGAAAAAGAGUGACCGUUAAAAACUGUAAAGCUUUUGCAUGGGUUUAAAAUUCGAACAUUUCUAAAUAUUUUAAUGUAGCUAAAAACAGAAACAUACUUUUGAGUCAAUACACUUCAGAUCGAUUGCAUCAAGUAUUGGUCUAUAAGGAAAGUCAUGUGAUAAAAUAAAUAUACAUGAUUUGUUCUAUUAUAAAAGUUAUAAUGAUAAAUUAAGAGUAAUGUAUUUGAUUGAUAAUUAAUUUCUAAUAAUUCCCAUUUUACAAA